AUGACCUCGCCGGACAUCAACCCUCCAAAACCCACCCCACUGUCCCUCCCAGCUUCCGCGCUCAAUGCGCCUACUGCUCUCCCGCACCACGACUCCGAACAAUUUCUGCGAGGUGACAGACAUCGUACAGCGCAAGAGUUGGAAGACAUAUGUUAUGAUCGGCCGUGGUCCACGCGAGACAGCUCCCUCCGCAGUCUAAGCAGGCGACCCUCCCAAACUAGCACCGCGACAGAUACCUCGGGCCCUCGCACGCAUCGGCGGCUCCACCUGCGGCGCCAGGCACCACGGUGGUAUGAUGGCAUCGUCGGCUUCUGGACGAAGAACGUCAGUGUGGCGAUUGAAGAGGGGAGCCAUAGGGAUCAUUUGGCCCUCGAGCGAACGUUCCUCGGCUACCUCCGCACCUCCCUCGCCCUCGCCAUGACGGGUGUCAUCACCGCACAGCUCUUCCGCCUACAACACUCCGUCUCUCCUGAUCCGCGGAUUGGCUACUACGUCCUAGGUGUACCGCUCGCAGCGAGUUUCAUUUCGCUGGGGAUGCUGGUGCUGAUGAUUGGCGCGUUGAGAUUCUGGAGGCAGCAGAGUGCGAUGGUAAGGGGGAAGGUGUAUGCGGGUGGGUGGGAGAUUGCUGUUAUUAUGGCGUCGAGUUUGGCCAUUACAGCGGUCACGUUUGCGAUGUUGGUAUGGGUGGAUGUGAAUAAGGGAUGA